CAUAACCAAGCUUAUUAGCUAGCUAGAUAGCCUAUUUGUAUAUUUUCUUCAAAACGUAAAUGUUAGCUACCUCAUUUUGAAUAACAAAAUACAAUUGUUUUUAUGCUGAAAAAAUUCCUUCCUUUUAUAAGUUUGUUGACUUCAAGACAGAAGGCAUGCCUCCUCCAAAUACAAUGUACUGUGCCCAGCAGAUCAACAUUCCUCCAGAGCUACCCGAUAUUCUAAAACAAUUCACUAAGGCUGCUAUUAGAACACAGCCCCAUGAUGUGUUACAGUGGGCUGCUGCCUAUUUUGCAGCACUGUCAAAGGGUGAAGCUCUUCCUGUCAAACACAGGCUAGAAAUUCCAGUAGCAACACAAAAGACAGACACUGGGCUCACUCCAGGCCUGCUUAAAGUCCUUCAUAAACAGCUUUCAUUUAAAGAAACUGUUAUGAAAGGAGAGUUGCAGCAGAAGUGGAAAGGCCUGUGUUUACCAAUGGAACAACUAGAAACACUCCUUGCACUUGGUAACUUCGACUUAGAAAUGAAGUGGAUGCAUUUCUUUGCUCUGGGUUGCAGUGCUUUGGGUGGGACAAUUAUCAGUGCUCUGAAGCAUGCGUGUGAAAUCCUCACAGAGGAUCCAGAAGGUGGGGCAGCUUGUGUACCCUUUGACAUAUUCGUGAAUCUGUACACAUACCUGGCCCAGUUGGACGGAGACAUCCCUCAGGACCAAAUAGAUAGCUUCUUGCUUAGUCUCCAGGAGCUUGUGGAGCGCCAAGGAGGUAUGGUGCAGCCAGCUAAUUUCACCUCAGCAGUAUGUGAAGGGGCCAAGUAGAUCUAAGGACAGACAGGUCUCAGAUGCGCCCUUCUUGUUCGACUUUUUUUUUUGGUUGUUUUUUUGUAUUUUGUACAACUGCGCUACAAAAUACUGGAAGAAUGGCAUCAUGUUUCCUCUACAAAAUGUGGUUUCAUUUGAUUAUAUCCAAUAUUGUAAGAGCUUAAUGAAUUGAGACUUUUGUUUUAUUUAAAUAAGGGUUACUGGCAUUGGUAUUGAUCUGUGAGUUAUUUGGUGUGUUUAUGAGCUGCUGAACGGCUCUCCUGUCUGUUUCUCCUGUUUGUGUUUGUGGUAUGUAGCACUGCAUCUCUAAACAUGCUCACUGGAACUUUAGGUACUUAUAUGAGCUACUUUUGUUUUCAGGUUUGAGUGUGUGUGUGCUUUCUGAGAAGUUUCUCCUCUAUGUGCUGAAUCAUUCACUCUGAUGCUGUUGAUGGCAAUCAUAAGUGAUUCAUUGUAUUAAAAUAAGUUUCCCAACACACACACACACACACACACACACACACACACACACUCACACACACACACACACGAACACACACACACACACACACACACAAACCAAUAAGUUAACACAGCACUAUUCCCAUUUUUUAAAAUAAUGUUUAUAGGAAUAAAAGCUAACCUCCAUUUGAGGCAUUGUUUGUUGGAUAUCUUACAGCUGGAGGUAAACCCUGCCUGCAGCACAUAACAGCACAAUCAGUUACUAAUUCAUUAGCUCUUAAUUGCAGCUCAGUGAAAUGGAGAGCAGCUAGUGACUAAUUGUAAUCAAAUAAGAGGUGCUCUCUAUUUUCCUGGGCAUGUUAGGAAGGUCAUUCAUAGUACCUCAAGCAAUUACUAAUUAACUGAUUGACCUACAGUGUUCAAUGAAUAAGUGAAUAAUUAAUGUUUUUUGUGUUAUUAUUUUAAAAUAAAGAACCCUCUCCAUUUUGAAAAGGUUGCUGAUGCAAUGAGGCCAUGCUGCACAAAGUGUAUCAAACCAGCAAAUGUUCAGAUUUCAUAAUUACUUAUGAAUUAUAAAUGAAAAAUAAAACACCUCGAUAAAAAAAUUAAUAAA